GUAAUCGGGAGCCAUGUUGUGGGCGCGCACAGUCCGUAACUUCAGUACCUCGCUGAUCCGCAGAUCACACUAUGAGGAAGGCCCAGGAAAGAACUUGCCAUUUUCUGUGGAGAACAAGUGGAAGCUAUUGGCAAUGAUGGCAGUAUUCUUUGGCUCCGGCUUUUCUGCUCCAUUUGUUUUAGUCUGGCAUCAAAUGCUCAAGAAAUGAGACUGUUAUUCAAUGGAGCUCCACCUCAACUGUAGUGUGAUGUCGCCUGAACAGCUUAAAUC